AUGCGGAAACUUUUAUCACCACCAAAGCCUUGGAUGUUGUCGUUUGUUCUGAUGGCGUUCAGAAAGGGCUCCAUGGCCAAAACAAAGAGGAGGGGUGAUGGGGCAUCCCUGCCUCGUGCCAUUACUGAUUUGAAACGGGUUCUGCCCGUUAACUCUGACCGUGGCGCUAUUGGCAGUCAGUUUGCUAUUACAGGUCUGACUAAUUCAACAACCAUCACUAAAAUGCAGAUCACUGCAGGUCUGAGUAAUCUUACAAUCACAACUACAACUACAGCUCAAAGCAGUAAGAGCGGUACAACUACACAAGAUUUUACAGUGUGUGGUAUAGGUGGACCAUCAGUAGCUGACCGAAUAGUAGGAGGAACAACUGCAUCUCUUGGAUCAUGGCCUUGGCAAGCCAGUCUGCGUUACACUGGUUCCCAUGUAUGCGGAGCUUCUAUAAUCAGCGAUACGUGGCUUGUUAGUGCUGCUCAUUGUUUUAAAACUUACAAAGAUGUGAAUUUGUGGACAGUAAUCGUAGGAACGCUUUCCUCAUCAAGUGGUACGGGACUACAAGUCAAAGAAAUUAUUGUAAACAAAAAUUAUGGCACUCCUGCUAAUGCAAAUGAUAUUGCACUUCUUAGAAUGGCUGCACCAAUUCUAUUUACACAAUAUAUUCGGCCUGUAUGUCUUCCAAACGAGUCAGCUGUAUUUCCUGAUAACAGCUCCUGUUAUAUCACUGGAUGGGGAUCGCUUGUAUCAGGAGGACCAAUAGCUUCUGUCUUACAGCAAGCUGAAGUGAAGAUCAUUAGUACUGCACAAUGUAGUAGUGCAGCAAUGUAUGGGAGCACAAUAAAUCCAUCAAUGAUAUGUGCUGGAUAUGUCAAUGGAGGCAUCGACUCCUGUCAGGGAGACUCUGGAGGGCCCAUAGUGACAACACAAUAUAACGGUACAUGGUAUCUCGUUGGAAGUGUGAGCUUUGGAACUGGGUGUGCUUUACCCAACAAGCCGGGUGUCUAUUCCAGAACAACUUAUUUACGUACCUGGAUCACACAAAACACUGGUUUAUAAUGCACAGUGUCUUUAAAUAAAAGGAAAUGGUGCUAGGGACAACAACAAAAAAGAAAACACAUUAAAAUACAAAUUGUGGUAGACGCUAACUGAUUAGCUGCUCCUCACCUAAAAAUCUUAUAUUUCUCAGCCAACUAAAAAGCGUCAAAUCCAAGCUAAGUAUCAUAGAA